AUGGCUGCUCCCACCUCCCUACUGCCGGGUGGCAUUGCUCUUGUCACGGGUGCUGCGUCAGGCAUCGGCCGCGACACAGCUUUAGCUCUAGCGCAAGCCGGCGUCGAAGGCCUCGUCCUGGCCGAUUUGGAACCCGCCGAUGCCGUCGUCGAAGAGAGCCGCAAGUUCGCGACCCACGCCAAUCUCCGCGCCAUCUCUGUACAAACCGAUGUGGCGGACGAAUCAAGCGUCGAGACCUUGGUGGAGUCGACAGUAAAGGAAUUUGGUCGCAUUGAUUACUGCGUUCACUCUGCUGGCAUGGGAAACAUCUCCGGCGCAACGACCGAACAUGUAAAACCAGAUAUCUUCGAGCAAACACUAUCGAUAAACGCACGAGGCACGAUGCUCAUCCUACGCGCCGUCUCCGCAGCCAUGGCGAAGCAAGAGCCACGCGAGCACCAAAACCGUCGCUCAGAAGGCUCAAGGAGUCUAGGCCGCGGAUCGAUCGUGGUAGUCGGCUCGAUCAACUCAAUCAUGGCAGCGCCGGGCAUGUUAUCAUACUGCGCAUCGAAGUGGGCGGUGCUUGGAAUGGCCAAAACAGCUGCAAUGGAUAAUAUCCCUCAUCACAUCCGCGUGAAUACGGUUUGUCCGGCAUGGACUCAGACGCCAAUGAUGGAACGCAGCUUGAAGCGCGUACCGCAACUAGGCGCGAUGGUUCAAGCUCUGAGUCCGUUGAAGAGAGGCGCGUUGCCCGAAGAGGUGUCGGACUCGAUUGUGUUCUUGUGUAGUCCCGGGGCAAGCUAUAUCAAUGGGACGGUUAUAACGGUGGAUGCGGGCGCUACGGUGACGACUCCCAAGGCAGGGCUGUGA